UUCUCUUUUGUUUUUCUCUCUCACACCAUUUGCAAAUACCAAAUACAAAAUAGAGAACACAAACUUUCUACUUCUCAAUCUCAAUCUCAAUCUACCGUUUCGUUUCACAUGGCGAAGAAGAGAAAGUCCGUGGCCACGCGCCUCGACGAAGUGGACCGUACCAUGUACUCCACCUUCUGCAGCACCGCUAACUCCCUCUCUCACCUCUACACCCACGCCAUGAAUCAACAAAAACUCUCCUUCCAAGCCGGUGAACGUCACGCUCUGGAGAAAUUGUAUCAAUGGAUUCUUAGACAACAGCAAGAAGGAUCAAGGGUGACGACGAUUGAUAUAGUUUCCCAUUUGCAGAAUGAACUUGAAUAUGGAGGAGAGGAGUCACCAAUGUCCCCAAGGCAGAACACCCAGACUGCAAUGCACCCUAACUUUGGUGCGUCCAUACCCUCUAAUGCAUUUGGCACAACCAUUGUAGGGCAGGGAAUACGUACUGGGCAACCUGAUCAACAAGCAAAGAACUCUGUGUUCUCAAAUGCACUUUCUAGCCCCAUUCGUCGCAGCCUUCAGCCUUAUCAUUUGGCACAGGGAAGCUUUCCUUCAAGUAAUCUCAUGUCUUCUGGGAAUGGAACCCGGAACAGUGAGACGUCUUAUACCAGUGGACAGAACAGGGACACAAAUUCUUCUAACUCAAGUGAUUGCAUGGAAUACUGAUGCUGUCAUAGUUAGAAUAGGGAACAGAUUAGGGGGGGGAGGUUCAUUUCUGCAAUUUGUGGUCAUAAAUGUGUGGUGAAAAUUGUCAAAAUUUAUUGUGGAUAGACUUCAAUUUAUUUGUGUAGCAUUAUCAUCCAGUUUGAACCUUGAACAUCAUCUUACAUAUUAGCUGAUAGUUCUGAAAAAGUGUUGGCCAUUUCCCAAGCAUAUAUAUGUAGUCAUUCUAGAGUGUGAUAUUUGCAUGGGAUUUUGCGAAGUUAACAACUAAAACAAAUAUUCUGAUUAGUAACGCGAUGCUUGUAUGC